UGCCGUACAAUCGGGCGACUUGUCUGUUGAUGUGUACCAUGUGUGUUUCUGUCUUUCUCUCUCUCAAAACUCUCUUCUUCUUCUCCUUCUUCUUCUUCUUCUUCUUCUUCUUCUCUUCUUCGUCUCUCCGUUGAUUGGAUCUAGAGUUUCUGUGCCCCAAUUUCCGAUCUAAUUAAUCGAUAUCUCUUUCUCUAGCGUCCAGCUUUUCGUUCCAACUCCCCGCUUUAGAUCGAAGCUUGAAGGAUAUAAUCAAUUCUCCACCUUAUUUAUUUAUUAUAGUCAUUCGGACGCUGAAAGUUUUACUCCUUACGUGAUCUCUGAUCAGGUUAUGGAAGCGUAGAGAUACAACAUUGACUAAGUUGUUUUGUUGAAGUCAUGGGGACUGAAAACCCUGGUCGUCCAAAUUUUCCUAUGACACCUUCCUCUACACCAUUUUCUGCUGUUCCUCCAACUACAACCCCUUUUUCGUCAUCUGGUCCUGUUGGUUCUGAGACCCCUGGCUUUAGAGCUACUUCACCGAUGGUUCCUCAACCUACGAUACCUUCUAUACUACCUGGACCUGCAAGUGGAACACAGACCUCUGGCUUUAGACCUGCUCCUCCAGCAUCAUAUAUGCCCUCCAAUGUGGGACCUUUCCAGCGUUUCCCGACACCACAAUUUCCUACUCCACCUCAAGCUUCCACUGCUGGAGCUCCACCUGUUGGGCAGCCACCAUUGCAACCUCCUGCUGGUCAGGUAUCAUCUGCACUUUUAUUUCGUCCGCAGGCACCACAAAUGCCUUCAGUGCCAAUGGGGUCGCCUCCCCCUUCAAAUGUGAAUGUUCCUCAAUCUUCAUCAGAUUCAUCAUUUUUUCCUUCUAGGCCCAAUUUUCAGCCAUCUUUCCCCCCAGCAGAUUCUUCUUUUCCUCCUGCUAGAGCCACUUUGCAGCCACCUUUACCUGGAUAUAUAAAGCAGUCAACUGUAGUUACACAAGCCCCUCCUAUACAAUCCCCUUUUCAAGCUCAACAAGGAAGUUAUGUACCUCCUGCAUCGACACCUUCUCCCCCUUUUCCUUCUCACCAAGGAGGUUUUGGUCUACCUCCAUCAGUAGCUGCCCCUUAUGGCCUGCACUCAAGGGACCAAAUCCAACAGUCAGGCUCCGUACCUCCUAUAGGUAGCAUCCAAGGCUUGUUGGAAGAUUUCAGUUCAUUGUCAGUUGGAUCUAUGCCAGGAUCAAUAGAUCCAGGACUUGACCCAAAAGCAUUGCCACGGCCGCUGGAUGGUGAUGUGGGUCCAACUCCAUCACCUGAGGCAUACUCUAUGAAUUGUAAUCCUAGAUAUUUACGGCUUACCACUAGUGCUAUACCAAAUUCUCAGUCUUUGGUUUCAAGGUGGCAUUUACCUCUUGGAGCAGUUGUUUGUCCUCUUGCAGAAGCUCCAGACGGGGAGGAGGUGCCUGUGCUCAAUUUUGUUUCAACUGGCAUUAUUCGUUGUAGAAGAUGUCGUACAUAUGUGAAUCCAUAUGUAACCUUUACAGAUGCUGGAAGGAAGUGGCGUUGCAACAUCUGCUCUUUACUUAAUGAUGUUCCUGGCGAGUAUUUUGCCCAUUUGGAUGCCACUGGAAGAAGAGUUGAUUUGGAUCAGCGACCUGAGCUUACAAAGGGUAGUGUGGAGUUCGUUGCUCCAACUGAGUAUAUGGUGCGGCCUCCAAUGCCACCAUUAUUUUUCUUUCUCAUUGAUGUUUCAAUAUCAGCUGCUAGAAGUGGCAUGAUUGAGGUUGUGGCCCAAACUAUUAAGUCUUGUUUGGAUGACCUACCUGGCUUCCCCAGAACACAGAUUGGGUUUAUUACUUAUGACAGCACUAUACAUUUUUACAACAUGAAGUCAUCAUUGACACAGCCUCAGAUGAUGGUGGUUUCAGAUUUAGAUGAUAUUUUUGUUCCAUUGCCUGAUGAUCUCCUUGUUAAUUUGUCUGAGUCAAGAAGUGUUGUGGAAGCAUUUCUAGAUAGUUUACCAUCCAUGUUUCAGGACAAUAUGAACGUGGAGUCUGCUUUUGGUCCAGCUUUCAAAGCAGCUUUCAUUGUUAUGAACCAACUUGGGGGGAAAUUGUUGAUUUUUCAGAAUACAAUGCCAUCACUUGGUGUUGGCCACUUAAGGUUGCGUGGGGAGGAUCUUCGUGUUUAUGGAACAGAUAAAGAACACGCUUUAAGAAUACCAGAGGAUCUGUUCUAUAAGCAAAUGGCGGCUGAUUUAACCAAGUACCAGAUAGGAGUUAAUGUAUAUGCAUUCAGUGAUAAGUACACUGAUAUAGCUUCCCUAGGGACUCUGGCUAAAUAUACUGGAGGACAGGUUUAUUAUUAUCCAAGUUUCCAGUCAGCUCAUCAUGGAGAAAAGUUGAGACAUGAGCUGGCUAGGGAUCUAACAAGGGAAACUGCCUGGGAAGCUGUCAUGCGAAUAAGAUGUGGAAAAGGGAUUCGGUUUACAUCUUAUCAUGGGAACUUCAUGUUAAGGUCCACAGAUUUACUAGCGCUUCCAGCUGUUGAUUGUGAUAAAGCAUAUGCGAUGCAGUUAUCACUGGAAGAGACAUUGUUGACAAAUCAGACAGUAUACUUUCAAGUUGCUUUGCUAUACACUGCAUCUUGCGGAGAGAGGCGUAUCAGAGUACACACAGCAGCAGCUCCAGUGGUUGCAGAUUUGGGGGAGAUGUAUCGCCAUGCUGACACUGGUGCUAUCGUUUCUUUGUUUUGUAGGUUAGCAAUUGAAAAAACAUUAUCUCAUAAGUUGGAAGAUGCACGGAACUCUGUACAGCUAAGGAUUGUGAAGGCUUUAAGAGAAUACCGGAAUCUCUAUGCUGUGCAGCAUCGUUUGGGAGGCCGGAUGAUAUAUCCCGAGUCUCUAAAGUUCUUACCUUUGUAUGGAUUAGCUCUUUGUAAAUCAACACCUCUUCGAGGAGGGUAUGCUGACGUUCAGCUUGAUGAACGUUGUGCUGCCGGAUUUACAAUGAUGGCAUUACCUGUUAAAAAAUUGUUGAAACUUUUAUAUCCUAGCUUGAUUCGGGUAGACGACUAUCUUCUGAAGCCUUUAGUCAAAGCUGAUGAGUUCAAAAACAUCAUGAGAAGGUUACCAUUGACAAUGGAGAGCUUAGAUUCUAGAGGACUUUAUAUAUAUGAUGAUGGUUUUCGUUUUGUUUUAUGGUUUGGUAGAAUGAUUUCACCUGAUAUAGCUAUGAGUCUACUUGGGCCAGAUGCUGCAGCUGAGUUAUCAAAGGUUACACUCAGUGAGCGGGAUACUGAAAUGUCAAGGAAGUUAGUUGAGAUGCUUAAGAAAUUAAGGGAGAAUGAUCAUUCAUAUUAUCAACUAUGCAAUCUUGUAAGGCAAGGUGAGCAGCCCAGAGAGGGCUUCCUUGUCCUCACAAACCUUGUGGAGGAUGCAAUUGGGGGUACAAAUGGCUAUGUUGAUUGGAUGCUUCAAAUACAUCGGCAAGUCCAGCAAAAUGCGUAGUGGACAGAUACAUUUUAUGCCAAUUUCAGUGAGGAUCUUAAUAGGCUUGUGUGGGGCCCAUUUGUAGAGUGAUGGAUAUCACAAAUAAUCUGAACUUGCCAGGUUUUUCCUUCACAUCGUGGGUGGCUGAGUUGAAGCUUGGGUUCUGAAACAACAAUUUGUUUGACGCAUUACAGGAUUUAAUAAUUAGAGUGAGAUGUAUUUUAGCAAUUGGUAUGGUGCCGCAAUUAUCUGGGAAAUCUGAACAUGUCAAAAUUUUGUAUCUGAUAGCUCAAUAAUUAUCAGCGAUUGUUAUAGUUGUGCUAUA